AUGGCAUUGGUGCAUGAAAAUCGAGGUACCUGGAACAGAGAGUUUAGUGGUAACGUUAAGCGAUUUCUCCAGGCAAGAGAUGAAUUAUGAACUUGAAUGAGCGUUGGGGGUGCAAUGGAAUGAGUUGGCUUCUCGUAUAUCAUUUUCGAGGUGUCCAUAUUUUUUUCCCCUUUCCUCUUCUUCUUUUUCUUCUCUUUCUUCCUGGCAACUGCAGCCGUGUUGUGAUACAUCCAUGCGAUAGAUCUGUGGGGCUGCCAUCCUCGCCACGGGACAACGCUACUAGUCUCAAUGAAAGUGAGUGUACGGAGGACAGACGAAACACCGGGUGAACAACAAGGAACACUAUUGUGUUCAGCUGCAGGUGUGAUCGGGACGGGGCGUGCCGGCUAGCAGCUUGGUUGGUUGAUGGAAGGGUUGGUCUGAUACAUUUGGAAGAAAGAAGAUUUAUUCAUUUGGCUUGAAU